GGGCACCAACACAAUCACCACCGCCGUCACCGUCCCCCCCGCACACUUCCAUCGCACGCGUUCCCGCAAGCAAAGCCCAGGCAGGCAGGCAGGCAGGCGAGAGCACCAUCCGCCAUCCGCUCGCAACCGCCCUCUCCCUCGUUGGCCCCCCCGACGACACACACACUCCACCUAUAUAAAAAAUCGCCCACCGUAACGCAGCCAAACCCAAACGCACGCAAUCUCGCAGCAAACCGCCGGGGGCACCCCCGUCUCCCUCACACACACACACUCCCCUCGUCCUCGAGCUCCAUGGGCAACUUCGCGUCGUGCACCAUGGCGGGGGCGGCCGGGGCCGGCGGGAGGGCCAGCAGCGGCGCGAGGGUCGUGCUCCCGGACGGGCGGGUGCGGCAGGUGACACUCCCGGCCACGGCGGCCGAGCUGAUGCUGGACGCGCCGGGCCACUUCCUGGCGGACGCGCGGGCGCUGCGGGCGGGGCGGAGGAUCGAGGCGCUCGGGGCGGACGAGGCGCUCGUCCGCGGCGCGCUCUACGCCGCGCUCCCCAUGAAGCGCCUGGGCGCCCCCGUGGCGACCGCCGACGUGGCGCGCCUGGCCGCCGCGGUGGUCGCCAGCGGGGAGAAGCAGGCGCGGGCGGGGAGGAGCCGGAGGAGGAUGAUGAGGACCGCGUCGUGUCCCGCCGCCACCGCCAAGGUCGCCGCCGUCGUCGCGCCGCCCGAGCUGCUCGAGGCCGCCGCCGCCGGGUCCCUUGGGCUCCAGGAGAUGGACGCGGCGGCGCCCAAGCCGAGGGCGCCGAAGCUGGAGGAGAUGGCCGUCGACGACGCGGCGGCCGCGGCGGAGAUCGAGGAGCUCAAGCAGCGGAUCAGCGGCGGCGGGCGGCGGUCCAGGCGGCCCACGCUGGAGACCAUCCAGGAGGAGAGCUACGUGCCAGCGAGAUGCUGACGGUGCCAGUCAAUAAUGGCCAAGGCCAGCCAAACAGAGAGAUGGCAAAGGCUGUUUCUCUCAUAGCCUCAUAGUUUCGUAGGUGUUUUUUUUUCCUCGUUCUCUAUAACUCUAUUCAUGACCUUGUGUAAAAUAGCAGUACUCCCUUUUUUUUGGUGCUGUCUCUUUUUCCAUUUAUUUUGGAGAGAGGAAAUGGGUUGGAUGAUGGAUCAAUAGAAUUUUGAGAAGCGAUAUAUAAAUAGAAACGAAGGGAAUUUCACAGUUUCAGUUA